ACAAAUAUCUAACUUGUAAGUUGUAUAAAAUAAACAUCUGUAAACUUUACUAAAAUGAGUGUAAACCGCAAUCCGCAAAUGAAAUAUACUCAGAUAUUCAUAAACGACGAGUUUGUGAAUUCUGUGAGUGGAAAGACAUUUGAUAUAAUCAAUCCCAGCAAUGGUCAGCUCAUAACAAAAGUCCAGGAGGGAGACCGGGCUGACAUCGAUAAGGCUGUGAUCGCCGCUCGCAAUGCAUUUAAAAGGGGAUCUGCCUGGAGGACAAUGGAUGCCUCUGAAAGGGGUCGACUGUUAUUCAAGCUGGCUGAUUUGAUUGAGAGGGACGCUAAUGAAUUAGCAGUUCUCGAAACAUUAGAAAGUGGAAAGCCUUAUACGUCGGCUAUCAAAUAUUCUCAGAAUUUGUAA